GCAUCAUAGGUGCUCUACAACAUCAAACCUUCAAAAGCCACAAAUUUGUCAUUUUUGACAUGUAAAUUACUUUUACAAAUCUUUACCUAAAUUUACUUUUACAUUUACAAUAAUGCAAGCUAAACCAUCCACUGAACCUUCUUCAACUCCAACUUCAACAACAGCUUCCGAACAACAUCGCAGAUUUGCCAGUUCGGUUCCUACACAUGAAGCUACAGGAACCAAACCACCAACUAGUUACUUAACCACAAUAAUGCAUCUUGCUAAAUGUUACGUUGGCACGGGAAUUUUUGCAAUGGGAGAAGGCUUCAAAAACAGUGGACUUAUACUAGGCCCUGUCCUACUUGCUUUCCUGGCUCUUUUAAAUCUAAAUUGCCAACACAUUUUAGUGAAAACUGUUAUAAAAAUCGCCGAUGAAGAAGUGGAAGAUGUGAAACCAACUUUUGCUGAAACCGUUGAAUACACUUUUGAGGGCAGUUCUAUAAACUGUUUCAAAAGAAACUCGAAAGCUUUGGCUUGGAUGACAAACAUUUUUUUGUGUUGUACUGAACUGGGAUUUUGCUGUGUUUACUUCGUAUUCAUUGCAGAACACUUAGUUAAAAUAGCCGAACAUAAUAACUUGAUGACGGAAAACCACCCUGGAAACAAGCACAUAAUGCUCUUAAUUAUUUUACCCCCAAUGUGGGCUUCCACAUUUUUGGGCAAUUUGAAAUUAUUGCUCCCUUUAUCAAUCAUUGCAAAUAUUUUAAUGUGGGCUGGGGUUAUAAUAAUAGUUUACUUUACUGUGCAAAAUCUUGAUGCUAGUGCUUGGACAAAAAAUGCCGUAAAUUCUGUACAUCGAUGGCCGUUGUUUUUUGGAACUGCACUUUACGCUUUUGAAGGAAUAACAUUUGUCAUUCCGUUACGAAAUGAAAUGAAACAGCCGGAAAAAUUCCUGAGUGCUUUCGGUGUAUUAAAUGUGGGAAUGACGUUUGUGGCAUUUUUGUACAUCUUGGUUGGCUUACUGGCUUACUGGAAGUAUGGAGAUAAUGUUGCAAGUAGCGUUUUUUUAAAUAUCACUGCCGAUAGCAAAUUAUUGCCGGAUAUUAUCAAUGCAAUGAUGGCAGUGGCAGUGUUAUUUACUUUUACUCUUCAUAUGUAUGUUCCGUUUGAAAUUACUUUUCCGUUGUUUUAUCGAAAAUAUGGACCUUUUAAACACACACGACUUGUGGCGAUCAUUUACAGAUCAAUUCCAGUGUUGCUGACAUUUACAAUGGCAAACGUAAUUCCAUUUUUGGGCCUCUUCAUAUCACUUGUGGGUGCUUCAGCUGGGGCAUUUUUGGCACUGAUAUUACCGCCUAUAUUAGACUUAAUUGCGUUCAAAGGGCAACUUUCCGUUUUUUCAAUUAUCAAAGAUUCGUUCAUUAUAUCUAUUGGUGUAUUUGGAUCAAUAACUGGAACAAUUUUAAGUUUCAAAGAUAUUGUAGAAAAAUUUCAAAAGGAAUAUGGUUCCUGAUUUAUAUUUUAGUAUUUGUACUUUUUGAAUUUUUUAAUACAGAGUUUUAACA